CUUCCACAAGCAGCUUCACGGUUAGCGACACCUCAAAGUCGCAACCAAUUGAACAAAUUUAAUCGUUCUCUUUCCGUCCUUAUAAACUACUGAUUCUUCGCUACAACUCUUUGAGUUCGAUCUCCUAAAUCUCCGAUCGCAACAAUGGCCGGUUCGGAAUCUGCAGUGGAGAAGACCAAGCAGUCUCUCAUGCAAAAAGCUCAAGCAUGGGGAGAGAAUCCUUUUACCCCGACGCUCCUCGCAACCUUCAUUACCGCACAGUACAUGCGACCCUUCCAAGCACUUCCGAUGCUCUUCCCACCCGUCCUUUUGUUCACGAGCUAUGCCAAUCUUCAAGGUUUCAAGACCGAUAGCGCAGGAAUUAGCGCUGCCUGGUCGGGACUUUACCUUUUGCUUGCCGGUCGGCGACGCCAGCCCUUCAUGAAGAAAUGGGGUGCCCGGGGCAUCGUCCGCGGUGUGACCAUGGGUCUCUGCUUGGCCAACAUGGUUGGUGGCGGACUUGCGUAUACUUUGGGGAAAAGGGAAGAAGAGGACGACGAUUAAAAGUCGACAUUUGCGCCGUGGUCUCUGGGCUGUACGAUAAUGCGUGGUUUUUAUGCUACUAUGACUCUAUUAAAACGUAGUGCGGGCGUCGUGGCGGUAUGGUGUUUUGGUUGAAUCUUAUGAUGGAAAAGUUUUU